UCUAUAGCCGAAGGAGCACAAUUUAACGAGCGAUAAAUAUUUAACCUUUCCGGUUUCAAAAUUGAAAGUUAACGCUGUAAAAAAAAUACGGAAAGAUGAAUGUACUAACGAAUAUUUCCUUAUUAAAUAAUUUUAACAAGUUUUGUCUGCGUCUUUUCAGAAAUUUAAGAACUGCCCCUACAGAGACAUCCUUUACCAACAGAAGUCAUUUAUGUGGUGAGCUGCGUUCACAUAAUGCUGGAGAAAAUGUAACACUAUGUGGUUGGCUACAGUUUCACAGACUGAAUGGGGCAUUUAUUGUGCUACGGGACUGGUGUGGGUCGGUGCAGCUUAUCUUGCCCAAAAAUAUUAUUGAAGAAUAUAAAAGUCUUCCUCUGGAGUCAGUCCUGGAAGUGAAGGGAACAGUGUCACUAAGGCCCCAAGGCUUGGAAAAUAAGAAAAUGGCUACAGGAGAUAUAGAGGUCAAUGUCAGUGAAUUGAAACUAUUAAACAUGUGUAUGUCCUCAUUACCUUUUGAAGUGCAAAGUUUUAAUCAGGUGAAAGAGUCAUUAAGGAUAAAGCAUCGUUACUUAGAACUGCGUCUGCCACACUUACAACAGGUGCUAAGGCUGAGAUCCAAAUUUGUCAUGUCAGUCCGGGAUUAUUUAGCAAAUAAAAAUGGUUUUGUGGAAGUUGAGACCCCUACACUGUUUAGAAGAACACCAGGUGGGGCAAGAGAAUUUGUGGUCCCUACUCACACGCCUGGAAAAUUCUACAGCUUGCCACAAUCACCUCAGCAGUUCAAACAGCUUCUCAUGGUGGGUGCUCUGGACCGCUACUUUCAGAUUGCUAGGUGCUACCGUGAUGAAGGUACCAAGCCUGACAGACAGCCAGAAUUCACGCAGAUUGAUUUGGAAAUGUCUUUUGUGGAUCAAGAAGGUGUCAUAUCAUUGAUUGAAGAUAUGCUGCAGGAGGCUUGGCCUGAAGAGUGUGGACCUAUCACACUGCCAUUUCCCAGACUCAACUACCAUGAGGUCAUUACCUCUUAUGGGGUGGAUAAACCUGACCUUAGAUUUCAAUGGAAGAUAUUACAUUUGAAGCCAGAGCAUUUUGAUUCAGUACAAGGAAUCUUUCAGAAGUACCUUACAAGUGAAGGUCUUACUCUUCAGGUUUUGAGGAUACCUGAAGGAGCUAAACACUUGUCCAAUAAAGAAGUGGAGGAGAUCAAAACAGCUUCAUCUCUCAAAGUGGCUGAUGACUCGGUGAAAGUGUUUCAAUGCAAGAUCAAAGAAGAUGGCUCCUGGAGCUCUGGGCUAUCUCGACACCUUGAUGAUACUUCUAGGUGCCGCAUUAACAGCCUAAGUGGAGCAGAACCAGGGGAUUUGUUAAUCUUUGCAGGAGGACCCAAAUUUAAUCCACAUUUAAUUCUGGGUCAGAUUAGACUAAACACUGCUAACUUGUUGGAAUCUAAAGGAAUCAAAGUUAGAGAAGAUGGAUUCCAAUUCCUGUGGGUUGAUAAUUUCCCUUUGUUUCUACCAAAAGAAAAUGGAGGUGAAGGCCUUGAGUCUGCUCAUCAUCCUUUCACAGCACCACAUUCUGAAGACUUAAAUCAUCUAUACAGUAAGCCAGAACUAGUCCGUGGCCAGCACUAUGACCUGGUGUUGAAUGGCAAUGAGAUAGGAGGAGGGUCAAUACGUAUUCAUGAUUCUAAAUUACAGCGAUAUAUUCUCUCAGACAUUCUGAAGGAGGAUAUAAGUGAAUUAGAACAUUUAUUGUUUGCUUUAGACUGUGGUGCUCCUCCACAUGGUGGUAUAGCUUUAGGUCUAGAUCGGCUAAUUGCCAUCAUGUGUAAGAAAGACUCUAUUCGUGAUGUCAUAGCAUUCCCCAAAAUAAUGGGUGGAAAAGACCCUCUGAGUGAUUCCCCUGCCUCUAUUUCUCAGGCUGAUAUGGAUUAUUAUCACUUAAAGCUGAAGACACAAGAUGGCCACUCGGAAUGAAAGUGUUUGAUUGUCUUGCAUGAUGGAGUGAAUGGUAUCUCACAUGUCAUUGGACAAAAUGAUUUUACACUGUGAUGAUUUAUGAAACAUUGAUACACAUUUUUAGAAUACAACUGUCAAAAAAACAAACUUUCUCGUUCUAUAUGAACAAAAGUGUCAUGGAGAUCCUAGUAUAUAGGAUGGCAGGUUCACUUAAAGUAACUAAGAAAGCUGAGAUAGUAUGUUACUAGGAGGAGGAGGGUUGAUAUCACCCAGUAUGUCAACCCUUGUCUUACAAAUGUGUGCUGAACAUGAGGCCAACACAAAUGUUAUCAUUUGCCACCAGGGUCAUCCAAUCCAUGACAUCUUUAUCAGUAGUAUUAAAUAAACAAACAAAACAAAAGAUAAAGCCAUUUCUAUAGUUUUAAUCUCCUUGUAUUGUCCAACAAAUAUGUUACAUUUGAACACAUUUAUAAUUCUAUUCCUCUGUCAAAUAAAUCAAAUGUAAACACCUGUGGUAAAAGAGCAUUGAGGCUUAUUGAUAAGUAACUUGAGUACAAGACAUUUUGGGAAAUAUCUGCUACAUGAGAAACUCCUUUAAUGUUAGACUCACAGAGAAAUGAAGCUGACUUAAUCUGGGCUAAACCUUCAAGAGAAACUUUUUAUGUUUUUUAAAGCAACUUACACAAAUAAGUAAAAGAGAAAAAAAAGGAGCCAAGAUGGUAAUGGUGACAAUACAAGUUUGGUCAUGAUAAUGUAAAAAACAAUCAUAAAUGAGUAUUUAUAGUAGUGCAAAUUACUCUCUUGUCCUGAGACAGGCAAGUAAACUGCUUCGUCAAUGACAGGCAAGUAAACUGCUUCGUCAAUGACAGGCAAGUAAACUGCUUCGUCAAUGACAGGCAAGUAAACUGCUUAGUCAAUGACAGGCAAACUAGCCUAUACUCCUUUAAAAGAAACCAAUAAGAAAGGAACUAUUUAACCUAUACAUUUUGUCAUAUCUAAAACCUGUGAAAGUCUUACAAACUUGAGGACCUGACUUGGGCAGAUUUUUCUUUUUGUUAGACAUUUGGUUAAAAAAAGGUAAAAAAAAAAAAAGAUUCUUUUAAGUUUCAGUGCCUUAUGUCCAGUCCAUAAAAUAAAUCAAUAAUUAAAUUAUGGCUUUUAUAUACUGCUACUUACAUGCUUAUAGCAUGCUAAGAGCGCUUUGGUCUAAUCUCAGUUGUGGACCAGUGGGGGGAGGGGUAUCUAGGAGAAGGUUUUUACGUGCUGCCUUUAGGCGCUCAGUAAACACAACUCUGCCCGAGUCAGGUGUCGAACCUCGAGCCAAGCCAAGCUAAGUUCAAACGCACUUAGCCUCUCAACCACGCUUCCCAUAUAGUGGAUCUAUUUAGACCACUUUCAGUGGAGAAUGUCAGCUUCCCCAUUCAAGUAGAUGAAUGAUCACCUCUACUUAUUUGAUUAUCUGAAAUUGUAAGAAGUUCAACAUCUAGGGAGAUGACUUACAACUAGUUAAUGGCACACUACUUUUACUGUUCUACUAUAGUGCUAAAACAAGUAUACAAAUUAUGACAAACAUUUUGUACAAUACAUAAUUUACAUGCCCCCCCCCCCUCGUGCCAAACACUGGAGAUAUUUAUUUCUUUAUUUGCUUCCAUUAUGAAAUAGUUCCAUAUAAAAAGAAGAUUUCAUUUAAAAGCACAAAAUUUGCUCUAAUUGAUUAAUUUUCUUUAACUAACUAGUAUACAGCAGCUCUGGAAUGUUAAAGUCACUUUACCUUUGUACAAUUCUAAACAUAGCCUUUGGUGCGAAUAGUAUUACUUAUGAAUAAUCAUACAUAAUGGAUUUUAUUUUAUGAAAUACACAAUAGAUCAUUAAAAACUUUGAAUGAAUUUAA